AAACAAUCCAAGCUAAUCAAAUAAUAACAGUCAGUCAUUUGAACCCGGCUUUUAUUUAUUUAUUUUCAAUGAGAUAACCUCUCUACUUCCAUAGAAUCUUACAAUCAUAAAUACACUCUCAAAAGUUUGUAUCGGGAUUCUCAGUACUCAGUUAAAAGUGUUUUGGAAUAACCUGAAGUUGUAGAAACAAAAAUAUCUUGAUGGUAUAAAUAUUGGUGGUUUGAGUUGUUUUCUUGAGUAUCUUUUUUUGUCACCGACGAACACGACGAAGACAAGUUUUUAUUUAGUUAUUAAUAUGAAAUAUAAGAUUUUAUGUUUUUGCCUUUUGGCUUUAUUAAAUAUAAAACUAGGACAAUGCGCUACAGGAGAUGUGAGCUUCAUAAUAUUCUCAGAUAAUGAAAACAGGGGACAUUUAAUAGAAAAACGGGAUGCCGAGGAGAAACCGCCAAUUAUAUACGAGAUGAACGUCAACUCAAACGUUACUAAUCGUUUCGCGACGACAGUCAUCGAAAGCAGAGUCAAGAAUGCACACACUACGGCUCGGGAAGCUGUCUUUUCUGUGAUUCUUCCAGAACAAGCAUUUAUUUCAGAGUUCGUAAUGAUAAUAGGCGGAAAAAGUUACAAGGCGUACGUCAAAGGAAAGGAAGAAGCUAAAAAUAUUUAUGACAAGGCAGUAUCUAGCGGCCAAAGUGCAGCCCAUGUAGCUGUCAGUGCUAGGGAUUCACACAGGUUUACAGUAUCUGUAAAUGUAGAACCCGAGGCCAAAGCUACCUUUUUGUUGACCUAUGAAGAAUUACUGGAAAGAAGAAAUAACCAGUACGAGCUGGUAUUAAAUAUUAACCCGGGACAGCUUGUAAAAGAUUUAAAUGUGAAGGUUAACAUCAGUGAAAGCAGACCACUAGUGUUCGUAAAAACUCCUGCUCUACGUUCUGGUAACGAGGUUAGUAAAAAUGAAAACAAAUUGUCACCUUCUGCAAACAUAGAAAAGAUUAGUCCCACAAACGCAAUUGUUACAUUCCAACCAGACGUUGAAAAACAAAAGGUAUACGGAAAAGAAUUGGCAGGUAAGGAGUCAGAUGGACUUACUGGACAAUUUAUCGUUCAAUAUGAAAUUGAAAGGGAUCCAUCCGGAGGAGAGAUCCUAUUAAAAGACGGCUACUUUAUUCACUUCUUCGCACCAAAAGAUAUAGAAUCUCUACCCAAAAACGUUUACUUUAUUUUGGAUACCAGUGGGAGUAUGGGUGGGAUUAAAAUACAACAACUAAGGAAUGCCAUGAAUAGUAUUUUAGAUGAAAUUAAACCAGAAGACACGCUUAAUAUUGUAGAGUUUAACAGUGAAACUUUUGUAUGGAAUAUUGAAGCAGAAACGUCCGUAAAUGUUAAAUUUAGUAAUUAUACUCAUCCUUAUGAACAACUUAAGGAAAAUGACAUGCCUGGACCUCUUCCAGCUUCACAACCAAAUAUUGCUAAAGCAAAGAAACUUAUUUCUAAUAUGGCUGCAACAGGAGGUACCUAUAUGAUUGGUGGGUUAGAAACUGCUCUAUAUCUUAUCAAAUCUGAAAUGGAAAGAUCAGUAGGCACUGAUAAUACUAGACAGCCUAUUGUGAUCUUUUUAACAGAUGGACAACCGAAUGUUGGUUUAUAUUCCACAGAUGAAAUCACCAAACAAGUAACACAUUUGAAUUCCGACGGUAUAAAUGUGCCCAUUUUCUCUUUGUCGUUUGGACAAGGAGCGGACAAAGCCUUUUUAAGGAAGCUUUCACUCGAGAACUCUGGAUUUUCCAGACACAUUUAUGAUGCAAGCGAUGCUGCUCUACAGUUGCACGACUUUUAUAAAAUAAUAUCAUCACCUCUAAUGACCAACAUCAACUUUAAAUAUGACACGGAAGCCAAGGAACUGACUAGAAUCCACUAUCCCAUAUACUUUAGAGGAAACGAGAUUGCUAUUGCUGGGAAGUAUACAGGAAACAAGCUAACUGCUGAAGUAAACGGUUUAGGCAGAAGAGGACCCAUUAGAUUAUUACCAAAAAUCGAAGAACCCGUUACAUCUUUGGAGAGAUUGUGGGCUUAUCUGACCAUUAAACAAACUCUUGAAAAAAGGGAAGUAGCCGAAAAUAAAGACGAAUUGACCAAAAAGGCCUUAGAAUUAGCACUUAAGUAUUCUUUCGUGACUGAGGUUACUUCACUAGUUGUUGUAAAGCCCAAUGCAACUAAUGCUGUUGAUACUGAGGAAGCUUCACAAAAUAGAGGAGGUCGUUUUGGAGGAUCAGUAAGAGGCUACAACAAAAUGGCAAGAAGACCUGCGAUUGGUCAUUCAUAUUUAGCGUCUGCCUCGUUUUCGCCCAGUCUCCACAUGGAUUAUGCUCCACGACCUGCACCUUCAUAUUCUUCUCACCAUGCUCGUGUUCCUACGCCAAUUGCCACCUCAACUCGUCCUGAUGUAAAACCUAAAAUUGAGGAUAGUUUACCUUGGCUAGCAUCAGCUAUGAAUUCCAACAGAACGAUUACUUUGCCUGAUGGUGUUUUUGAACUGGGAGAUAACAACCUUGUUAAUUAUCCCCAUGGUGUUUGUCCAAAAACCCCACAAGGGGUUGAAGGUGAAUGUGUAUUAAUCAAAGACUGUCCGACAGUUUUACCUUAUUUGACCGAUUUAGCAGCAUACACCAAAUACUUUUGUCCAGUAGAAUCAAAGUAUGCUGGCGUAUGCUGUCCCAAAGUAUUGAAACGACCUGCUAGGGGGUUAUAAUAAAUUUUAAACUUUGUAAUAUGUAUUGUUAAAUGAAAAUUAUAUUUUUAUAUUAAAACGUAUUAUUAAUUGUA